AUGUUUCCCACCUCGCGCCUCCUCCAGGCCGCCCGAGUCACGCUUUUCACGCGUGCCGGCUGUGGGCUCUGCGACACCGCCAAACACACCGUCACCCAGCUGCAUAAGCGGCGGCCAUUCGACUACUCCGAGGUUGACAUUAUGGUUCCUGGCAAUAAGGAGUGGAAGGAUGUUUACGAUUUUGAUGUCCCGGUUUUGCAUGUACAGUCUGCUAUUACUGGGUCGCUUUCCGACCCGAAGAAGCUGUUCCAUCGCUGGACAGAACAGGAGGUCGAAACGCUUGUUGACAAUGCGGAGAAAACCGACUAA